GUUGCUCUCAUAUUUCUCAGCAAGACCCCCAAUCUUGGAGUUAUUCAAGUCUCAAAAAGCUCUCUCAAAUCUCAAUUCUUCAAUUGCUCCUCCUACUCCUAGCUUUAAGUCUCAAAUUGAAGGUUUUUGAAGCUCACAAGCAAAUAUUUGUGACAUGUGUAUCAUAAUGAAUAAGGCUCAUGUGUUGUUGGUGUUGGUAAUCUUGAUUGCUUCAUCAGUGGCAGAGAAGCCUUCUGUUGUGGAAGCAAGGACACUUUCCUUAACAUCAUCUCAUCAAGGGUACUCAAAGAUUUUUGCCACGCUUGGAAUUGUUUGCAAGUGUUGUGAUGGGGUUGAAGGUGGUGCCUGCACAAGCACAUGGACAGAGUCUUGCUCUAACCUGCAGUGUUCCCCUUGGAAAUCACACUCAUGAAUAAUCUCCUACAUCUUUGCUUUUUCAUUUGCAUACAGCUUUAGGAAAUAUUGUAGAAAUUAACACUUGAAUCUGAAAUUUUGUUCUAUGUAUUGUAAAUUUUGUGUAUAUAUAAUUGUGCUAAAAUUUGGGAUGUAUCUGUCAAGAGCAGUAGCAAAUAGCAGUAGCUUCAAAAUGAAAAUUUGAAUUCUAGUUAA